UAUGGAACCCAUAGUGAGUGAAUUUUCAUAAGUGAACGAUGAUUCGAUCGAAAAAGAAAAGGCUUAAAUCAAGAAUAUUUUGGCAUUUGAAACUGCAGGAACAUUAUUAUUGAUUUAUGGAGCAUUAGCUGCUGAGUAAUAUAUUUUUAUAGUAAUAGAACUAAUUUUGGCGUUGCUCUUGUUUAUUUCAUUGGAUUACUCGUGUGUAGUAGACUAAGCAAAGGAUACUUUAAUCCGAUAUGCACAUUAAUUGGAUAUAUAGAUGGAUCAAUACCAUAAAAAAAGGCCAUUUAUUAUGUUGGAGCAUAAACAUUUGCUAGUCUAAUUGCAGGGAUGUUAUUGAUGCCUAUGUUUGCAUACAAAAAAACACUACCAUAUUUUGAAGUGUAUUUGAGUAUUACAAUAUAUAUAGAUUACCAUCUCAUCAAGUAUUUGGAACUUUAAUGUCUGAAAUAGCUGGAUCAAUUAUCUUUUUUAUAUUUAUUCAAAUAUAAACAGCCGAAAACACUAAAAUAACAACUACAGAGGUACAAUCUGCCAUUUUUGUUAGUGUCAUUUAUUUUGUUGCACGAUAGUAAACAUUUAAUAUUAUAUAGAUACACUGCAACUAUGGGUAAUAGUCUAUUUAAUCCAUCUGCAGCUUUUGGGUAAGUACUAAUACUAUAUUUUAGAUUAUAAUUAUUUUAUGGAAUUUAUUAUGGAAAGUGGGACUAAAUGAUUAAUUUAUUGAUAUAUAUUAUUGGUCCUUGGGUUGGAGCAUUGUUAGCCAUUACCUUCUUUUGGAAAAUCUACACUCCGACUCUUGUUAGUAAAUAGUCUAAUUGAAUAUAAUAUCGAC